AUGCCUAUUUCCCGCAUCGAAAGGCGUGAGAGUAAGGAAGGACGUAUAAGGGAUGCAAGUGUUGUCGCGUUCGAUGGCGUCGGUAUCGAAGACGAAGGGGACGCAACGACAUACGUUCCUCGAGGGUGCACACUUCCGUCUAGCGCACCAUGGAAUGAUUUCGAGCGCGACGGUGGUGACAUCGAAAAGUUGCCCGAAAUGUGGACACGCAAGGCAAAUAGCGGAAGGCACAUGGCUUCGGAGCUCCUGCUUGUGGUCAAGAUUUGGGUGACCAACAAAUCACCAGGUCUGCAGUGCGGCGUGUCUUUGACCCUAAGAUUCUGA